UCCCCCAUAAUGCGCUCCUGGACGACACGAUGGCUUUCGCGGGCACUACACCAAAACUGGCAAGCUGCAAGCGCAACUGCGGAAAGCAAACCCCGUACCUACUCUCGCUUUAUCUCCGUCGUCAGUGGCUUCCCAAAGAAUCUGGCCCAGUCGAAGUACAAGCCUGGUAAGAUGGGCGACGAUGCGUGGUUUAUCGCAAACACCAAAACAGCCGACGUUCUGGGUGUCGCUGAUGGGGUCGGCGGAUGGCGCAGUUAUGGAAUUGAUCCGGGCGAGUUUGCGAUGGUGUUAAUGAGGAAUUGUGAGCGAUUGGUAAAGUUUUCCCGCUUCGAUCCGAUCAAACCAGUGCAUCUGAUUGCGUCCGGGUUUCGGGAGUUGCAGGACAACAGAAAAUGCAUCCUAGGUAGCAGCACUGCCUGUAUAGUGGUGUUUAAUCGUGAAGACAGUAGCAUUUACACCGCCAACAUCGGCGACAGUGGCUUCAUCAUAGUACGAAAGGGUGAAAUAGUGCAUCGCAGCGAGGAACAGCAGCACUAUUUCAACACCCCCUUCCAGCUCUCGUUACCCCCGCCCGGCCAUACCGAUGUGCUAAGCGAUAGGCCCGAGUCGGCCAACACUACCACCUUCCCUGUGUGCAACGGGGACGUCAUCCUCGUUGCGACGGACGGUGUGUUUGAUAAUGUUCCGAUCAAGCUGCUAGUCGACACUCUACAGCGGGUGGAAGGAGAAAACGACCAAGUUAAAUUACAAAUGUGUGCAAAUUCGAUCGCGCUAAUGGCGAGAUCGUUAUCAUUCGACAGCAAGUUUCUAUCACCCUUUUCCCUUAAUGCUAGAAGAAACAACAUCAAUGCUAUGGGUGGAAAACCGGACGAUAUAACCGUAGUUUUAGCGACCGUGGCUCUGUAACCUCUUGGUGCGCCACAGCAUGCAUUUGAAAUGCUGAAAUUGUGCAAAAGCAAAGGGAG